AUGUCUUCGUUAUUGAGAGUUAUUCCAAGGGCUACGAGAGCCUCCUUGUUGUCGGUUGCUAGAAGCCAGCUUCAAUUGAGAUGCUAUGCAUCCUACCCCCCACAUACUGUGAUUGGUAUGCCGGCUUUGUCACCAACAAUGACGCAAGGUAACCUGGCCGUCUGGAUCAAGAAGGAGGGUGACAAGUUGAGCCCCGGUGAAGUGAUUGCAGAGGUGGAGACUGACAAGGCUCAGAUGGACUUUGAGUUUCAGGAAGAAGGCUAUCUUGCCAAGAUUUUGGUGCCAGAGGGUACAAAAGACAUUCCAGUAAACAAGCCGAUUGCCGUUUACGUCGAGGAAGAGUCUGAUGUAGCAGCUUUCAAAGACUUCAAGGUUGAAGAGUCGUCAGCUAAGGCCACCAGCGAACCAGUCAAGAAGAAGGAAACAAAGGAUAGCAAGGAGAAGAAACCAGCUAAGUCCAGUGAAGAUGAAAAGAAAUCCAGCACCUCUACCAGGGCUUCCGCUCCAACAGAGAGAAUCAUUGCGUCACCUCUAGCAAAGACUAUUGCCUUGGAAAAAGGUAUUGCUUUGAAGAACGUUACCGGCUCUGGUCCUCAUGGCAGAAUCACCAAAUCUGAUGUUGAGGCUUACUUGGAGAAAGCUCCAGCGGCGUCCUCAGGCGCAGGUGUCGUCGCUCCAUCGGCUGCUGCUUCUUACGAAGAUGUUGAAAUCUCCAACAUGAGAAGUAUCAUCGGCAAGCGUUUGUUAGAAUCCACUCAAAGCAUCCCUUCGUAUAUCGUAUCCUCUGAAAUCUCUGUUUCCAAAUUGCUGAAGCUGAGAAAAAGCCUAAAUGCUACCGCUAAUGGCAAGUACAAACUAUCUAUCAACGAUAUUUUGAUCAAGGCUAUCACAGUGGCAGCCAGAAGAGUCCCAGACGCCAAUGCCUAUUGGUUGGAAGAGCAAGGCAUCAUUAGAAAGUUCAAGAAUGUCGAUGUCUCCGUCGCUGUGGCAACCCCCACCGGCCUAUUGACCCCAAUUGUUAAGAACGCUGACUCCAAGGGCUUGACCACCAUCUCCAGCGAAGUGAAGGAGCUUGUCUCACGUGCCAAGAUAAACAAGCUGCUUCCUGAAGAAUUUCAAGGCGGUACCAUAUGUAUCUCUAACAUGGGGAUGAACGAUGCUGUGUCUCUAUUUACCUCGAUCAUCAACCCCCCACAGUCAACUAUCUUGGCUGUCGGUACCGUCAGGAGAGUGGCCGUUGAAGAUGCCGGUGCUGAAAACGGUAUUUCUUUCGAUGACAAGAUCAACAUUACCGGUACUUUCGAUCACAGAACCAUCGACGGCGCCAAGGGUGGUGAAUUCAUGAAGGAAUUGAAGUCUGUCAUUGAAAACCCUCUAGAGUUGCUAUUGUAA